AGAAGUCAUUACCUUUCUCUCUCUCUCUCUCUCUCUCCCACUUUCUUUCUAAAUAAAACGUAGUGCGUGAGACUUGUAAAAGCAGUCACAGAGAGCUCAGAGAGGAGGAAAAAGAUGGUUGAUUCAAAGGUGGAGACGAUCUCAAGACUAGCUCAAUGGAAAAUCGAGAACUUCGGGUCUUGUUCUUACAAAAAGUCUGACCCUUUCAAGGUCGGAAUCUGGAACUGGCAUUUGUCGAUAGAGAAGAAUCGGUACCUCUACAUUCGUCUAUUUCCAGAGCCUUCACGAUUCUCCAAGGAACAGCCUCCACUUGCUCGCUUUGUCCUCCGAGUCUCUAACACUGGCCUUAAUCGCAAGCCUUACAUAUCCCCAAUUCAUGAGAGACUGCUUCGGAAUUGCGAAGACUUUGUUUGGCCAGUUGAUUCCACCUUUCAUGGUCGCUUCAUCAUUGAUGUUGAGUUUCUGGACCUGAAGAUCUGCCCUGUGAAUGGUGGAGAAGCCAGUUCUAUAUGGCCAAGUGAUGGGCUUAUGAAGUCUGUGGCAGCCGAAAGCACACUUCGGUGUCUCUCUCGUAUGCUUGAGGAGGCUAUCCAUUCUGAUGUGACAAUUAACACUGCCGAUGGCACUUUAAGAGCUCACAAGGCAAUUUUAUCAGCAAGUUCCCCUGUGUUUCAAAGCAUGUUUCGUCAUAACCUAAAGGAAAAGGAAUCAUCUUUGAUCUACAUAGAAGACAUGUCACUGGAAUCCUGCACAACACUUCUCACUUACUUGUAUGGAACCAUAAAACAAGAAGAUUUCUGGAAGCACCGGCUGGCACUACUGGGGGCAGCCAACAAAUAUGACAUUGCUGACCUUAAAGAUGCUUGCGAGGAAAGCCUCCUAGAAGACAUUAACUCAGCGAAUGUGCUUGAGAGGCUGCAAGAGGCUUGGCUUUAUCAGUUGGACAGGUUGAAGAAAGGGUGUUUGACAUACUUGUUCGACUUUGGCAAGAUAUAUGAUGUUAGAGAUGAGGUUAAUAACUUUUUCAGGCAAGCAGACAGGGAACUAAUGCUGGAGAUGUUCCAAGAGGUGCUUACAGUUUGGAAGCCUAUAUAAACUAACAUGGGAAUUUGUAUUUAGUCAUUAGAUGCUUGUAUAUAUAUUCAUGCAUGUAUGUGCAUGUUAAGGUUUUUACAUCAGAAACUUAGUUUCUGUUGUUAAGAAUACUUUUAUUUGUGAUCAAUGUGGAAGUCUCAUCUGGGUGUAAGAAUUCUAUAAGUUUGAAGCAAAUGAGGUUGUACUUUUAUCAAUGUACUUCCUCGGAAUGUUAUCAUAUAUGCAGUCGUUAGGCGGGGAUAUGAAUGGCCUCUCCUGCGUUGAGUUUCUAGAUCA